AUGACUUCCACCAAAACCGCAUCGGAGCCUGCCAAAUUUGGACCGCAGCCCAACAUCGUUGGGCCGGUUCAUCGCGAUGAUCCCGCUCCAUCCCAAAGUCUGCUCGAUAGCCAUCGCAAAUUUGCAGCAAAUUACACAGCGCCAAGCAAAGAAACCGCCCACAACGCCGCCAAUGACCCGCGACAGAAUCGAGUUCUAGGUGGCGGCGCGCGCACCCCACGGUCACUCGCUGCUCAAAUCCAACGCCAAGUCGAACGUAAUGAGGCGACGAAAUAG